UAGCUACCAUUUUGGAGUUCAAAGUAUGUCAUCAUGGCAAAGUUUCGAAGAAGGAAUUGCAUCAUUUUGUCAUUUUUUGUUUUAUUUAUUUUCUUCCUGAUGAUGGGCCUGAAAAUGUUGAGACCAAAUACAGAUACUUUUGGAGAUCCUUUUGGACUUGACCUCCUUCCAGUUUUCAGUAAACGGACAUCUAAUCUGAAAAAAGUUUUUUAUCCCCAAAAGAGUGACAAAGUCAACAUUGAAACAAAUACUAAGAAUUUACAAGCCUUUGAAGUCAUUAUGAAGGAUUCUAAAGUCUCUGAACCUUACCUGGAGGAGCAGUCACCUCCGAAUUACUAUUUACAUGUGUUUUACUAUAGCUGGUAUGGAAAUCCACAGUUUGAUGGUAAAUACGUACAUUGGAACCAUGCAAUCUUGGCACAUUGGGACUCAAGCAUAGGUGAUAAUUAUCCACAGGGGAAACACAGUCCUCCAGAAGACAUUGGCUCUAAUUUUUACCCUGAAUUGGGAAGUUACAGCUCUCGGGAUCCUUCUGUUAUUGAAACUCACAUGAAACAAAUAUCCUCAGCUUUGAUUGGUGUUUUAGCUCUCUCUUGGUACCCUCCUGACACAAGUGAUGAGAAUGGAUUACCUACUGAUAACUUAGUACCAACUAUUUUGGAUAAAGCUCAUAAAUAUAAACUGAAGGUCACUUUUCACAUAGAACCAUAUAAAGAUAGAAAUUAUGAAAACAUGUACAAAAAUAUCAAGUAUAUUAUAGACAAAUAUGGAAGUCAUCCAGCCUUUUAUAGGUACACGACUAACACUGGAAAAGCUCUUCCUAUGUUUUAUAUCUAUGAUUCCUAUAUUACCAAGCCUGAAGAAUGGGCCCAUCUCUUAACUGCCCAAGGACACAAGAGCAUUCGCAAUUCUCCAUAUGAUGGAUUAUUUAUUGCACUUCUUGUAGAACACAAACAUGCACUUGAUAUUCAUCGUGGUGGUUUUGAUGGAAUAUACACAUACUUUGCCACAAAUGGUUUUACUUAUGGUUCAUCAUAUGGUAAUUGGGAGUCAUUAAAAUUAUUCUGCAAUAAAUUUGACCUAUUAUUUAUCCCAAGUGUGGGUCCAGGAUAUAUAGAUACAAGCAUCCGUCCAUGGAAUGCUGUUAACACUCGGAAUCGAAUCAAUGGAAUAUAUUAUGAACAUGCUCUACAGUCGGCACUCAGACACCAGCCCAAUUUAAUUUCUAUCACCUCUUUUAAUGAGUGGCAUGAAGGAACUCAGAUCGAAAAGGCUGUUCCAAGAAGAACUAGUAAAACGGUAUACCUUGAUUAUCGGCCUCAUAAACCCAAUCUUUAUCUAGAACUAACCCGCAAGUGGUCUGAGAAGUACAGUAAGGAAAGAGCUACUUAUGCAUCAGAUCACUAACUGCCUGCUAUGCAUUCACUUAAGUCAAUUCUUAAUACAUUCAUCAAAAUGUUAUCAUUAUGAAUUAUCACCUCAUUUAAAUAACUGCCUUUUGUUUUAAGUGGAGGAGAAAGAGAUCAAAAUCAGUAUGCACUGCUCUGCUCAUCACAAGCCCUUCAAAGUGCUGUACUAAGAGAAGUAUAAAUACUGUUCCUGGGUCAUAAUUUAUUGAAUUAAAACUUUGUUUCAUAACCAUUUAUUUUUUUACUUUAUAAAUGCUUAUAUUUUGAUAAGUAGUGAGUACACAGUUAAAUUCUGCCUGUAUGCAAAACC